AUGUUGCUGGCCGUGGGCCUGCAUCGAAAAUCCGGAGGCGAGGAGGAGAACCACCCAGCGCCAGAUUCAAUCGCAGAUGCAGAUGGCGGCCCUGUCCCUGACACUCCUGGAGGCAGCUGUUCCACGGAUGAGAUCGAGGAGCAGAACCACCGUGGAGGAAGAUGGGAGAGGACGACAAGGCGGAGCAGUUCCGGAGCCGGGCGAGCCAGCGAGGCUCGGAAGGAGAGCGGAGCGGCGACGGCUGUGAAGAUCGACUUCACUGACUCCUGGUCCACGCUGCUUCGAAACUUGCUUCGAGAAGAAGACUGCAAACCAGAGGAUUGCCGGGUGUUCAAUCGCCACGGAGAGCUGAUUCCAGUUUUCUUCGACAAAGAUUUCGUUCCGAUUCAAAGAGACUUUCCGCUCCACGUGACGUUCCGGAAGGAAAGGAAGCCAGAUUGGCGGGUAUCAGAGUCAGAUGAGGCGAUCAAGACUGCAACGAGCGCCACAUCUUUGAUAUCCGAGGAACAGGAGGAAGUUCGUCGAGCAGCGAGCAGUGUGGCUUCAGCAGAGACGGACGACGAGGUUCCUACUCACUUGCAAGCUGUUGCAAAGAGCCUGCGCCACUGGUUGGCCGAGAUGAAGUUGCAACACUUGGAGUCGUCCGUCCUCAGAUGGUGCGACGAGAUGGGCGCUUGCUCGGUGCAGGAGGUGGUCGACUGCCUUGAGUAUCUCAUAGCUGCGCUGGAUCUGCAAAAGUCGGACGCCAAGCGGCUGUGCUCCGAAGCUUCGCGAGCAAUGAGAAAGCUCAAUACGCCAGGAGCCGUGGGCUUGAGAAAGGAACAAAAGGUCCUGUCAACCUCUCCUACGACUCUGGCACAGGAGCUCCCAGGCCUGACGCCUUUCACUCGCACCAGGCAAGGCCUGAAGAAAAAGAUGAUGAAGGACAGGCAGAAGCAGCUGGCUUCCACCAUGAGCGAGGGAAGCAUAACUGAUGGUCUUCAGAGGAAGCCGACAACAGACGAUUUUUCGUCUGUUGAAGCAGCAAAGGAGAAGCUCGCGCUGCAGCUUAAGGAGGAGGAGGAGAAGCAGAAGGAUGCUGCGAUCACCGCGUUGAAUGCUGCUCUCUCGAAGAAGUGUCUGGACGAUCUGGGAGCAGCAAUCCAGAUGAUGGAGGCGGUCGGCCUGGAUUCGCAUGAGCUCGUUGCAACAGCAAAGCGGGAUCAGGAGAUGCUGUCCCGGCGUCAUCUGCAGCUUUGUGAAGAGUCCGUGUGCGCUCUUCAGGCUGCACUGGAAGCACCGCGAGAUGACCGAUUCGGCCAAGCGAUCCGAGAAGCUUUGCAGAACGCUUCCUUCGCGUGCCAAGUCCAGGGAGGUCAGCGGGUAUGCAAAGAAGCGCAGAAUGCUGUGAGGGUCUGGGACGAGGUCCGAAUGGCUUUGCAGAUUGCCGUCAGGAAUGGUUGUCCAGAUGCCAUGCGCCUUUGCAUCCUCGAGGCGCAAGCUGCUGGCUUCUCGCAGCUGUCCUUGCUUGCGGAGGCAGAGCGACUUGUCCAAGAGGCUUCGUGA